AUGAGUGUAACUACAAAACAUUUUGAAAAUUUUGAACAGGAAUUUGUCGAGUUAAUUGGUGAAUAUCAAAUUAUAUUGGCAUCCGAAAAGCAAUUGCGCGAAGCGCUUCGUAAAGAAGCGGCGCGUGCAGAAGCGGCGGAAGCAGCUCGGGACGCGUCUCAGCGUGCGGUCACGGAAACCCGCGCGAGCGCCGCCGCCGCUACCGCCGGUGCCGCGCAGGCCGCUCACACACUCGCUACAGUACAAGAGGAGCUUGUUGCUGUUAAAAUGCAAUUGGAGUUUUCUGAAAAUCAGCGCCUACUCUUCGAAGAAAAAUGCACUGAAAUGUCCAACAAAAUAAACUCUUUAGAAAGAGAACUUCAGCAAUUACAACCUCUUCAGACCGCUCAUUGCACUUUGCAGCGACAAUAUGUUGAAUUACAAGAGCGCAUUCAAAAGGCUACGGAAGAAGCGAGAAGUGAGGCAUCAAAACUUGAAGCCGAGCUUCGUAGAGUAGAGCGGUGCGCCGGCGCCGGUGCGGAGUUACGCGAGCGCGCGCGACUCGCCGCAGCUGCGCAUGCGCGGGAGAGGAAACUCGCAGCCGCUGAGCUUAAGCACACUACACGUGAACUACAGAGCGCUCAUACUGAAAUAUCUCGCCUGGGUCUUAAAAUAGCCGAAUUUCAAUAUAAAAUAUCAAAUUCGGAAUCCGUUAAGAAAAUAGACGACCCGGACUCUCAAGCUUUAGUUGAAAUACGAGCGGCCUUAGAAGCUGAGAGAGCAGGUACGGCCAAAUUAGAGAAAGCAUUAGCCGCGGCGGUGGCUGACAAUUCUACUUUAGCGGCUCAAUUACACAAUCAAGAUAACAAUGCAAUUGAAGAAAAACCUGCCUCGCCAGAAAACUCCCCAGCAAAUAUAUGCCCGAUCGAUUCUUUCCUUGCCGAAUAA